AUGGCGGCCAACUGGAUGAUCACCUUCUGCGCCAUCUCCUCGGGGGCCCCCUGCUUCUCGUCGAUGCUGAUCAUCAUGAUCUGCUUCUUGGAUUCUGUAUACUGCAGCCUGAAGAUCCACUUCCCGUCCUUGUAUUUCUUGACCUCGAUAUCAUUCUUCUCCUUCGGGUCACCAGGCUCGAGAGCUUCGAUCUUCUUCCAGCCGCAGCUGCUGAACUUGGCCCACACGGCGCCAUCGUCGAACGCUAGGAGGGCGUCGCUGAACUCAGCAGCGCACGGCUUCCCCGUGGCGCGGAGCUUCCUCGACCACGCCCCGAGCCUGUUCUCGUCCCAGCCAAUCUCGUACGUUGGUUUGAUCUGCUCCGGCUCCGCCGCGACCGCGCCAGCUGCAACUCCUGUGCCAGGCUGCUCUUGCAACGUGGAUCCCGUAGCUGUGGGCGGCGUUGAAGUCGCUGGCGCUGGUGGUGGCGAGCAGCGAGGUACACGCGCCCUCUCUCAGGGCGCCCCCCUGGGCGCCCUGCCCCCCGGCACGCCAGGCCGAUCCAGGCCGUCUCAGCCCAGCGACGUGCCCGUCUGCAUCCGCCAGCGCCAGGCGGAGACCCGAGCGGCGAGCUGUCUUCCCGGGGUCGGCGAGGCCAAGCUCGGGGCGAGGGCGGAGGGCCAGAGCCGCCUCUCCUCGUGCCUCUCCGCGCUGGGCGCGCCGGGGUUCCUGCUGCAACUGCGGCUGCUGCCGCCGCGGGUGGUACGGGCCGUCCUCCUCGCCUCGGGGGGGCCCCGCGACAGGACCGCGUUCCAGGCGGCGGGCCUGGGCGGCGGCUCCGCCUGGCUCUCGCAGCUGGGGGCCGGGCGCCUGGCCAGGUCGGCGACCGGGGACGUCGAGGGGCUGACCCUGACGGCGCAGGAGCUGCUGCUCACCUGCCUGGUGCACUUCGCGCAGGGCAAGCCGCCCGCGGCGAAGCCCGCCGUCAGCAUCGGCGGCGGCGGCAGCAGCAGCGGCAGCAGCGCGCAGCCAAAUCGUGCCGGCGAUGGCACGCAAGGCACCGACGGAGUUGGCGGUGGAGCUCUGGGCCUCCCGAGCGGGGCUGAGGCCGGGUGGGAUCGGAGGAUCGCGCCGCAUCGCCGUGGGCUGACUCUCCGUCCUGGCGUCGCCUUUGCAUCGGCGGUGCGACGCGAUCCUCGGGCCCCAGCUGCUCCAGGGCCACCCGAGAGACCUGCAGGAGCCAGCACCGGCAUGUCGACCAUAAUGAUGGGGUCGUCGACCAGUGGGAGCGGCCGUGCGCCCCGCGCGCCGGGCUCGCUGAGCCCCGCGUUCGAGCGGCUGUUGCUCGCGCACCUCAAGGCCUAUCUGAAGCACGACACGUACGAGCUGGCGUACGCGCACGAGCCGCAGGCCACGCGGUUCCUGUUGCACCUCCUGCACGAGUUUUUGAUCGCCCCCGAACCCGUCGAGCAGGUGCUGCCGGCAGGCUACGCGGGCAGCGUUGGGCUGCAGCCCGGGCAGCCCGAUCCCGAGAGCAUCAGAUGGCGGGCGCAGCCGAUGCCGCUGUAUGCGGCGCGUCUUGUGGCGCUGCACGUGCUUGCAAAUCCAGCUCUGCGCCACGAGUGCGAGGAGGUCGGCUCUCCAGGUGCGACUGCGCUCGGCAGUCACGCGUCCAGGUUCACGCGCGAAGUGUCCCUGCUUGGACAGCCCUUGAUCGAUUUCGUCACGGAUCUCCUGCGCGCAAGCCAGUCUCGGAAGCAGUUCAGCCUCGAGGCGAUGACGUCGUUGACACGUUUGUGGCUCGUCCUGCUGCAGCCGUGGAAGGCCAAGCGGUUGCUGGGCUGGUACCAUUCGGUGAGGUCGCCGGAGCCCAAACUGGAGCCGCCGGCGCCCCUCGCUCCAGCGGGGACCGCUGCGCGCGCUAGAGGGCAGGUCGACGUGGCCCUCCUCGGCCUGGAGCCCGAGACGGCAUCGGGGGGCGCUGAGGCCCCGCCGCCGCCCCUGCCGGAGGGCUACGCCGCGGCGCCGGCCCGGAGGGACCGCGCGGGCGCCGGGGCCGCGCCGACGGCCGACAGCGUGGUGGUCGUACCAGGUGACGGGGACGCGCGGAGCUGGAGGAGCUACGUGGUCAGCUUCCACGGUGCUUACUGCCUGCUCGAGGCCUUCCUGGCGGCUCCGCUGCACAUGGACCUCUGCCUCGCUCUUGCCCGCCACCGCGCGGCGACCGCGGCCCCCGCCUCAGCCGCGGCCGCCGCCCAGAGCCUGGCCGCGCAGAGCCUGGCCGCGGUCCAGGCCCCGCUGGGCGCGGGGCCCGGCGACGCUGCCCGCGGGGCGCAGCUGCUGCGCCAGAAGCACGUGGUCGCGGCGUUGAAGGCCCUGGGCCAGGCGCGGUGGCGGAUUAUGUUUCACGGACCCCCAGUUGUGCCGGGUCCUGGAAGAGCUGAGAGGCGGCGCCGCCGGAGGUCAAGCGCGCCUGGCCGUCCCGCUCUUCUCGGACGGCGGGGUUCUCAAUGCGAGAUCUGUGCAGGCCGUCGCCCUCGCGUGGGCGGCGCUGCUCGACGCCGCCGCCGUCCCAGAGCUCCAGCCCCUGUUGGCUGGGAUCUCCAGGCAGCUCCAGCAGUCGCCGAAAUGGAGCGGCGCGCGGAGGUUCCCGGCCCCAGAGGAGCCAGCCGCGGCUCACCGGCAGUUCGCGCGAGAGGUGCUGGGCGAGCUGGACGCCCCAGCCGCGGCGGCCUCGCCGCCCCUCGGCGGUGCAGCGGCCCCGGCGCUGGUCGUAGCGACGCCCUUGUCGCAGGCGCAGUUCGUCGGCUCGGAGUGGCAGCGCCCGCCACGGGGCGGCGAGGUCGAGGCCAUGCUGCACGUGGCCUACUGGGUCGCAGUGGUCAUUGACCGACUCCUCGGCCGCGAGCUGCGGCUGGUCACCAGCGGCCACGUGCCGCAGACGGAGUGGCCGCGGAUGUUCGCGAAUUGGAGGUUCAGCGGCUUCGUGGCCGUCCUCCUCUGCGUCGUCCUGCUCUCGUGAGCGCCGCACGCUGCCUGCCGGCGGGGCCGACGCCCGCGGGUCGCGGAGGGGUUGGUGGCGGACGGGGAGCAGACACUUAUGAGUGCGCCGAGCUCAGGUGUUUCCUC